GUAAGAAGAAAACACCUCAGUGUUGAGGAGUAUUCAAAGCUACAUUUUCAAAGCAGAAGACUACAUUUUAUAAAAUAUGUCAGACUACCAGUAUGCUGUGUAUUUUGAGGCAAGUAACCUCUCAGAGGAAGAUCUGAGGAAGAUCAAACAGUACUUUCAGAUUAGGCGUCGUUCUGGAGGAGGAGAAUGUGGAGAAGUGAAGAAAAUAAGCGAGAACUUCUACAGGAUAGCCUUUAGGGAGGAAACAGACCAGAAACAAGUGUUAAGAAAAACGGAUCAUACUAUCCAGCUAUCCAGACAAAGAAAUCUGCAAAUCACUUUAAGCUGCAAUGAGAUACAAGAGCAUAACAGUCUUGCACAGUCUGCGUCACGUCAACAGACAGCCUCAAGUUGUAAACCAGUGGAAAAUAUAUUUGAAUUGGAUUCUUAUCUUCUGCGAUUCCUGAAAGAAAAUAAAGAAGCAUUCUUGGACUUGGAGAAACACCUUUCCUCUCUAAACUGCUCCUUUAAAUUAGACCUGGACUCUGAGAAAGUAGUGGUAGUAAAGGAUGAAGUCAAGUCUGGUGAAGAUGAUAUUGCCCUUGAUAAAUGGAAAGCAAAGGUUGAGGACGUGUUUUUUAAGCUAAAGUUACGCUAUGACAUCUAUUUUGAGGUUAACCCUGAUAGCCUAAAGACCCUCAAGCAGAACCCCUUUUUACCCACAGAAGACCUUGGAAUCUAUAGAGAAGAAGAUGUAGUUGUAAUUGUGGGAGAACCUAUGAAGCUGGAGAAGCUCCUAAAAGCCAUGAAGUUGCAACAGCAGAUCUGUAAAGAGUGUCUUGUGUCUGAAGCAAAUUUUGAUCUUGUGAAAGAGCAGUUCAGGCUGGAAAUACAGUCUAAUUUUUCAGAGAUCAACAUUGCACAAGACAGGCCUGGCUCUGUUGUUCUUAAAGGUCCCAAGGAGCAAGUUGAAGCUGCAGGGUCAAAGCUUCAGGAGCUGUUGAGUCAAAUUCAAGAGAAAAGGAUUCAUCUUCAUCAAGCCCUCACAACAUUCUUGUCAUCAAGUGGUGCUAUACAAAAGUUCCAGGUGCGAUUCCAACAGAGUCUACGCAGUCCAGUUCUGUUUGAGACCAGAAAUUCAGACCUGGUUCUAAUGAGCCUGUCCACUGGGGCUCUUCAGGAAGCAGCGGCUGCAGUGCAGAGGGACCUGUGCAUGGAGUCAGUGCCACUAGAGGGAACUGAAGCUAAUUCACCUGGAAUAGACUCUCUGAAAGAAUCUUUGAAUCAAGCCUUACAAGAAGCUAAUCAAGGAAGCACUAAUGUGGAGUUAAUUUAUCAACCAGGAACACGUGCUGAUCCCAGGAUUAAGGUGCAAGUAGUGGGAUACAGCAAUGAAGUUAGCAAAUUAAAGAAAAUCAUACAGGACUACAAGGAAAACCAAGCAACCUGCCAUGACUCUUUGCCUCUACCUCUACCAGAAAUGGUAGAUUAUUUCUCUGAGCUUUUGCCACUUCUAGGUGUGAACUCAGACAAUGUAACUCUAGUGGCUACACGCUCACCUGCUCCCUGCAUCAGACUCUCAGGACCACGUUGUCAAGUAAGAGACCUGAAGACAACAUUGACUUCAGCAUUUGGAGGCCUUACCUCAAAGAAAGUCAUAGUGAAUGGACCAGGCGUUUUGCAGUUCUUCCAAGGGAAAACCCAGUCAUUACUGCAGAAUUCCUAUCAGGUUGUGAUAGUACUUUUGAGCAACAUACCAACUAGAGCAGCACCAAUCAGCAACACAGCAUGGAAAAGCCUCCCUAAUCUACAUACAUUUGUCUCUAGCCCUCAAGGAAGUCAUGUAGAUUCAUCUGUGGCUCUUGAAAUUGUAUUCGGAGGUCUUGAAGGACAGCAGGUUGAUGUACUUGUUGCUCCCAUGUUGAACUCAAAUCUUACGUCAACCAAAGUAGGAAUGUGCUUGUUGGACAAAGCUGGACAGCGACUAAAAAGCAAUUUUGAUGCUGCAAAAAGAACAAACACAAUUGCUGCUGGAGAGGUGCUGGAGGUAGAUGGGACUCCACUGGGGUGCAAGAAGGUGUUUUUUAUUGAGUGCGUACCUUGGAGUGGAACCACAAACGACAGUGAAAAGGCACUACGAGAUGGUCUGGAACGAGCUUUGGCACUUUGUGAGCAGCAGGGUUGGGACUCUGUUGCUAUGCCAGUUAUUGGUCCUGGACCAGCGAUGUCAGUACCCAUAAAAGAAGCUACCCGUAUUCUGACAGAGGUCAUUGGCACAUUUGGUCGUACUGGAUUUACUGGAUCACUCAGGACCAUACGCAUUGCUUUAAUGCCUAAAUACUCUGAUUCUGAAGAGAUCUUCCAAGCAGUCAGCACAGGGCUAAGUGGACAAAUGGUGGAUUCUUCUGGGCAAGCUGUCUUUCAGUCUUUAAGUUCAGAAAUUGAUGAAAUCAUCAUUGGAGUGGGAAAAUGCCAGCUUCAUCUGGUGUAUGGUGACAUCAGCAACGAGACGACAGAUGCUGUUGUAAACACCACAGAUUUCAGUGACUUUCAGACAGAUGUGUGCAGUGACAUCUUGACUGUUGCUGGACCGGCAGUCCAGGCUCAGCUUACAGGAGCUAAAGUAAACAAAGGACAGAUCUUGACCACCCAACCUGGAAACUUCCCCUGUAAGAUGAUCAUGCAUGUGUGUGGAGAGAAGGAUGCAGAUAUUAUCAAAGGACUUGCACGAGACAUUGUGUCUAAAUGUGAACAAUUAUGUUACAAAUCAGUGGCCAUUCCUGCUAUAUGUGCCGGCAAAGGAGGCCUUGAUGCACGCCUUGUGGCUCAGUCCAUUCUCCAAGGAGUGAAGGAUGCUACGAUAGGUGCUAACUUCAAACAUCUCAAAACUAUUCGUAUUGUUUUACUGAAAAUUCAUGUUUUCUUGGAGUUCAAAUCGAUGGCAAAGCAGCUCUUCAGUACAUUUACACAAGUGACAGCUGCUGUGUCUGCUGCACCUCUCAGGACUGCCAGUAGAGGACGCAGUUCAUCCAGUUUGUCCUUAGAUAUGAGCUCCCUUGUUCAAUCCCUGCCAGUCCAACAGAGGAGCACAGCUGAAUUUCUUGUCGUUGGCCAAUCUGCCCAGAAUGUCUCAGAUGCUUGUCUGGAACUUCAGCAGGCUUAUGACAAAGAGUGCUCGACUCAGUCAUUCACUACAGAGGAGCUCAAACACCUUGGCCAAGAAGAAAUUGACCUCAUUAGCAAUAAUGCAGAUUUCCUAGGUGUAGAAAUAGACCAGCAAAGCCCAGAUAGACUUACAGUAAGAGGCCUUAAUAAUGGAGUUAUUCAAUUUAACCGACUGGUGCAAGGAGCUCUUGUUAGACAGGUACAAGAGAGAGAACAGGACCUUGUCUUUACCCGUGUCAACUGGUGCAUUCUGGGAACGUGGGGUGUCUGGGAGAGGCUGCCCAAAGAGGCCAAUCACCAGCUAGAGAACAAGAACAUUUCUCGAGGGGUUCUGGAAGCACAGGGACAGAAGUGGAAAGUAAACCUGAUAAGAAUGGAGGCCACAUCUAUGGACACUCCAGGCCUGGUGUGCAAGCUUAAACGACUGGAGAACCUUUCAGAUUUCACUUUUCCUCUUUACUGGGACAGCAUGAGGUCAGGGGAGGCCCUAGAAGUGGUCACUCUGCACCCCAGCUCUGCUGAGUACAACAGGGUGAAAAUGGACUUCAAGAGGACAGUCCAGAAAGCAGUGCUCAAGAUUCAGCGCAUACAGAAUGUACAUCUGCGUCGCGCUUAUGAAGUUCGGAAGAAACAGCUGCAGGAUAAGAAUGGAGAUCUGGUGGGGGCUGGAGAGAAAGUUCUGUAUCAUGGAACCACAGAGGAAGCCUGCUUAUCUAUACAGAGGAAUAACUUUGACCGCAGUUUUGCUGGACAAAAUGCUACAAGAUUUGGUAUUGGAACGUACUUUGCAGUGGACGCCAGCUACUCUUCCAACCCCGUUUACUCCAAACCUGCUGCAGAUGGAACUCAGCUCAUGUUUGUUGCCCUCGUCCUGACGGGUCAGUAUACCCAGGGUCAGAGUGACAUGAAGACUCCGCCUGCCCGCUCCACUCAGGACCCCAAUGACCGUUAUGACAGUGUAGUCGACAAUGUGCAGAAGCCCAGUAUGUUUGUAGUGUUCCACGACUGCCAGGCCUACCCAGACUACCUCAUCACAUUCAAGUGAAGCUGCU